CAUCUGCAUCCGGGAGAAAGUUGGCGAGCAGACUCAGGUGGUGAUCAUUGACAUGGCCGAUCCAAACACACCAAUCCGCAGGCCUAUCUCAGCAGACAGCGCCAUUAUGAAUCCAGCAAGCAAGGUCAUUGCACUCAAAGACGGUGAGUUAAAAUUACACUUUCAUACUAUGGAAGUCAAAUCCUGUUUUGAAAGAGACUUCUGAAUGAUGCAAUCAAUUCAGUCAACCCAGCAGAAGUAAAACUGAGCAGAAAGACAUGGUGAGGUUUUGGUCCAAUUUCUUCCAAGGUGGACCGACCAACACCAACCCUCGUAAUUUGCCCUAUUCAUGUUUGGACCUUUUCGUCAGAGUUCCAUCUAACUAAACAGGAUUUAUCUUUCAUGACUUAUAGCUUGCUGGCAUUCCAUCAUAUAUAUUUUUUUCCUUAAACAUAAAAGUGAUUGAACCUAUUUUACAUAUGCCGUUAUUGGUAUGUUAAUUUAGUUCUUAAUUUUCAUUUUAAAUCCAUGCUGUCUUUCCAAUAUGUUGCCUUUUUCCUGAUUGUGUUUGAUACCUUAAUUUUGCAUUUUUUUGACACACCAAGAGUUGAGUCGAAGGAAUACACUGUCUUUAUAAAUUAGAGUACACUUGCAAGCAAGAAGCAUAAUGACACCAUUAUUAUAAUAUAAACCUUUUUUUUUUUAAUACAUAUUCUUUAGUGUACCGACAUAACCAAACCGGUUCUAUAACAUGACAAAUUAUGGAUCAGUCAGUUGGAUUGUUUUAAUGUUAAGAGAGCCAUAAUCCGCAUGUAGCGCUUCACAUUACUUCAAUCUGUAGUCAGUACUGGUCUUUGUAUCAUAAACAAGUCAAGCACUCGCCAUUCGCCCACCCACUAGUUCUUGCUGUUGCAUCCUUAACAAUUCUUUAUAACUGUCAUUUGACACCUUCAAACUAGGAAUAGUCACAAUUCUCACCCGAUCCCGCGAUUUACUCUAUUGCCCCGCGCUUGCUCAUUGAAAUUUGGCUGCUGCAAAUUGUUUGACCGUCGGGGCUUAGCGAUGGCAAAGUGAUUGUGACGGGUGUGCUGUUUCACCUUGGUCUUUUGCAUUCUUUCACCUGUAAUGAGUUGUGAUCAAAAAAGGACGUCACAUGGCUUCUUAAUAAAGCUUGAACUCACUGAAUUUUAACACCCAACUAAUUAAACACAAUGCAGGUGAGUAAAUUUAACAUAUUUUACCACGCCGCCCGUAAGCAAUUUAUCGACGAAAUUAAAUGCUGGAAAGUGUUCCUUGAAUUUUCCGGAAAGACCCUUUAAUAUUUUAUUUUUUUUAUUAAUAUUCCCCUACCCGCCUAACUGCAUUGUCUGACACAAUGUUGGACAUAACAUUUCGGUGCAAAUCCUUUUGUGAGCAAUGCACAAGCUUUGGUAAAAUGAUCAAAUUUGGUUUGGGCUUUUAAAUCUACAAACAUUUCAAUGGCAUCAUAACUCCGGUAUCUGAACAGUUAUUGUAUCAAGUUAUUGUUGAAUGCAGUAAUACAAAUAAGGGAAUCAUGUUCUGAGUUGCAGCAGGGCAGGUGGAUUCAAGGUGAACUACCAAGGUCAAGGUACAGAAAUUUAGUUAGAGAAAUCAUAGUGGGGUUUUUUUUCUCCCUGAAAGGUCCUGCGACAAAAUAUUAAGCUAACGGCACCAGCAAUGUUAUCAAAGUUUUUUUUUUUUGAAUGACCUAUUCUAGUUAUUUAAAUGACCUUGGUAGGUUUUCUCUUUUCAACGGAGGCGUGCCAAAAAUGAUCCCCAUGUGGAUUUUAAAUUCAUCUUCCCUUAGGCAAUUCACAGCAGAACGUGAUUGACUUGUCCUUUAUUUUGAUCGUGUAACAUUUCAUUCAUACUGAAUGCCAUUUCUGACUGCAGCAUGUAUGGCCGUUGUUGCCUGAUCAAAAAUUCUUUUGAUUUCAUUGUCCUUUACUGUCGAUGUUUUGUCUUUCCUCUUUUAUGAAUUUGUGGCUUUAAAAUCUAACGACCUUUUUGGGUGUGGCUUUUUUUUCCCCCUCCCAUGUUUAGCUGCCAAAACCCUUCAGAUUUUCAACAUUGAAAUGAAGAGCAAAAUGAAAGCGCACACCAUGACGGACGACGUCACCUUUUGGAAGUGGAUUUCCCUCAAUACAGUUGCACUUGUGACUGACACCGCCGUCUAUCAUUGGAGCAUGGAGGGUGACUCGCAGCCCGUCAAAGUCUUUGACCGCCACUCCAGCCUGGCAGGCUGCCAGAUUAUCAACUACCGCACUGAUGCCAAGCAGAAGUGGCUUCUGCUCAUUGGUAUUUCCGCACAGCAAAACCGAGUGGUGGGAGCCAUGCAGUUGUAUUCUGUGGAUAGGAAGGUUUCUCAGCCCAUUGAAGGACACGCUGCCAGCUUUGCCCAGUUCAAGAUGGAGGGCAAUACUGAGGAGUCUACACUUUUCUGUUUUGCCGUUAGAAGUCAGGCUGGUGGGAAGUUGCACAUCAUCGAAGUGGGAAUCCCACCAACUGGCAACCAACCAUUUCCAAAGAAAGCAGUGGAUGUCUUCUUCCCUCCAGAGGCCCAGAACGACUUCCCUGUCGCCAUGCAGAUAAGCUCCAAGCAAGAUGUCGUUUUCCUCAUCACUAAAUAUGGCUACAUUCACCUGUAUGACUUGGAAACGGGCACCUGCAUCUAUAUGAACCGCAUCAGUGGAGAGACUAUCUUUGUCACAGCUCCCCAUGAAGCCACCUCAGGUAUCAUUGGGGUCAACAGAAAGGGACAGGUGCUGUCUGUCUGUGUGGAGGAAGAAAACAUCAUACCAUACAUCACCAAUGUGCUGCAGAAUCCAGAUCUGGCUCUACGGUUGGCCGUCCGCAACAACCUCGCUGGUGCCGAAGAACUCUUUGCCCGCAAAUUUAACAACCUGUUUGCGGCUGGCAACCACUCCGAAGCUGCUAAGGUGGCUGCCAACGCACCAAAGGGUAUUUUGCGAACCCCGGACACCAUCCGCCGCUUCCAAGGCGUGCCCACUCAAGCAGGACAGACUUCUCCUCUGCUGCAGUACUUUGGGAUCUUGUUGGACCAGGGCCAGCUUAACAAAUUUGAAUCCCUGGAGCUUUGCAGGCCUGUUCUCCAGCAGGGAAGAAAGCAGCUUUUGGAAAAGUGGCUCAAGGAAGACAAGUUGGAGUGCUCUGAGGAGCUUGGGGACCUGGUGAAGGCAGUGGAUCCCACCUUGGCGCUUAGUGUCUACCUUAGGGCCAAUGUUCCUAACAAGGUCAUUCAGUGUUUUGCGGAGACUGGCCAGUUCCCCAAGAUUGUCCUUUAUGCCAAAAAGGUGGGCUACACUCCAGACUGGAUAUUUCUUCUUAGGAACGUCAUGCGGAUCAACCCAGAACAAGGCCUACAGUUUGCCCAGAUGCUGGUGCAGGAUGAAGAGCCCCUGGCUGACAUCACACAGAUUGUGGACGUGUUCAUGGAAUACAAUCUAAUCCAGCAGUGCACCUCAUUCCUGCUAGAUGCCCUUAAGAACAACAGACCAUCAGAGGGACCUCUGCAGACCCGCCUCCUGGAGAUGAACCUCAUGCAUGCCCCUCAGGUUGCUGAUGCUAUCCUGGGCAACCAAAUGUUCACCAACUAUGACCGAGCACACAUUGCCCAACUUUGUGAGAAGGCCGGACUGCUGCAAAGGGCAUUGGAGCACUACACGGACCUGUAUGACAUUAAGCGGGCUGUGGUGCACACGCACCUUCUCAACCCUGAGUGGCUGGUGAAUUUCUUUGGCUCACUGUCUGUGGAGGACUCUUUGGAAUGCCUCAGGGCCAUGCUGUCAGCCAACAUACGGCAGAAUCUGCAGAUAUGCGUGCAGGUGGCCUCCAAGUACCACGAGCAACUCACCACACAGUCUCUCACAGAGCUUUUUGAAUCUUUCAAGAGCUUUGAAGGUCUCUUCUACUUUUUGGGCUCCAUUGUCAACUUCAGCCAAGACCCCGAGGUUCACUUCAAGUACAUCCAGGCUGCUUGCAAGACGGGCCAGAUCAAAGAAGUGGAGCGCAUCUGUCGAGAGAGCAACUGUUACGACCCUGAGCGUGUCAAGAAUUUCCUGAAGGAAGCAAAAUUGACCGACCAGCUUCCCCUCAUCAUCGUUUGCGACCGUUUUGACUUUGUCCACGACUUGGUCCUGUACUUGUACCGCAACAACCUGCAGAAGUACAUUGAGAUCUAUGUUCAGAAGGUAAACCCAAGUCGUCUGCCUGUGGUGAUUGGGGGUCUCUUGGAUGUGGACUGCUCAGAAGAUGUCAUUAAGAGCCUGAUUCUGGUAGUCAGGGGGCAGUUUUCAACUGAUGAACUUGUGGCUGAGGUGGAAAAGAGGAACAGACUGAAGCUGCUGCUGCCAUGGCUGGAGUCUCGCAUCCACGAGGGCUGCGAAGAGCCAGCUACCCACAAUGCCCUGGCCAAGAUCUACAUCGACAGCAACAACAACCCAGAACGCUUCCUGAGGGAAAACCCAUUCUACGAUAGCCGCGUGGUGGGCAAGUACUGCGAGAAGAGAGACCCCCACCUAGCCUGUGUGGCCUACGAGAGGGGGCAGUGCGACCAGGAGUUGAUCAAUGUCUGCAAUGAGAACUCGCUGUUCAAGAGCUUAUCUCGUUACCUGGUGCGUCGCAAGGAUCCUGAGCUCUGGGCCAGCGUGCUGCUGGAAACAAACCCCUACCGACGACCACUUAUCGACCAGGUGGUGCAGACAGCACUGUCAGAGACCCAGGACCCAGAAGAGGUGUCUGUCACAGUCAAGGCCUUCAUGACUGCUGACUUGCCCAACGAGCUCAUUGAGCUACUGGAGAAGAUUGUGUUGGACAACUCUGUUUUCAGUGAACACAGAAAUCUGCAGAAUCUGCUGAUCUUGACCGCGAUCAAAGCUGACCGCACCCGUGUGAUGGAGUACAUCAACAGACUUGACAACUACGACGCUCCCGAUAUCGCCAACAUCGCCAUCAGCAACGAACUCUUUGAGGAGGCCUUUGCCAUCUUCAAAAAGUUUGAUGUCAACACAUCGGCCGUGCAGGUGCUGAUUGAACACAUUAGCAACCUGGACCGGGCCUACGAGUUUGCAGAGCGCUGCAAUGAACCUGCAGUGUGGAGCCAGCUGGCCAAGGCUCAACUCCAAAAGGGUCUCGUCAAAGAGGCCAUAGACUCCUACAUCAAAGCCGAUGACCCCUCUGCAUACAUGGAGGUCGUCCAGGCUGCUGAUAAGAGCGGCAACUGGGAGGACUUGGUCAAAUUCCUCCAAAUGGCCCGUAAGAAGGCCCGUGAGUCCUAUGUGGAGACAGAGCUGAUCUUUGCGUUGGCCAAGACCAACCGCCUAGCCGAAUUGGAGGAGUUCAUCAACGGACCCAACAAUGCUCACAUUCAGCAGGUCGGCGACCGCUGCUACGACGAGAAGAUGUACGAGGCUGCCAAGUUGUUGUACAACAACGUCUCCAACUUUGGUCGACUGGCCUCUACCCUCGUGCACCUGGGGGAAUACCAGGCUGCCGUCGAUGGCGCCCGCAAAGCCAACAGCACCCGUACUUGGAAGGAAGUCUGCUUUGCCUGCGUAGAUGGAGAGGAAUUCCGACUGGCUCAGAUGUGCGGCCUCCACAUUGUGGUGCAUGCCGAUGAACUCGAAGAGCUCAUCAAUUACUACCAAGACCGCGGUUACUUCGAGGAGCUGAUCACCAUGCUGGAGGCAGCUCUGGGCCUGGAGCGCGCACACAUGGGCAUGUUCACCGAGCUGGCCAUCCUUUACUCCAAGUUCAAACCCCAGAAGAUGAGGGAGCACCUGGAGCUGUUCUGGUCAAGAGUGAACAUCCCCAAGGUCCUGAGAGCAGCGGAACAAGCACACCUGUGGGCCGAGCUGGUUUUCCUAUAUGACAAGUAUGAGGAGUUUGACAACGCUAUCAUCACCAUGAUGAACCACCCGACAGAUGCUUGGAAGGAAGGACAGUUCAAAGACAUCGUCACUAAGGUGGCCAAUGUGGAACUGUACUACAAAGCCACCCAGUUCUAUUUGGAGUUCAAGCCCCUGUUAUUGAACGAUCUCCUCAUAGUGCUGUCUCCAAGACUGGACCACUCUCGUGCCGUCAACUUCUUUAGCAAGGUGAAACAGCUGCCUCUUGUUAAGCCCUACCUGCGCUCAGUGCAGAACCACAACAACAAGUCAGUCAAUGAAGCACUUAACAACCUCUUCAUCACAGAAGAGGACUAUCAGGCUUUGAGGACAUCCAUAGACGCCUACGACAACUUUGACAACAUUUCACUUGCGCAGCGUUUGGAAAACCACGAGCUGAUUGAGUUCCGAAGAAUUGCCGCGUAUCUUUUCAAGGGCAACAACCGCUGGAAACAGAGUGUGGAGCUCUGUAAGAAGGACAGGCUUUACAAGGAUGCCAUGCAGUACGCAGCAGAGUCCAAGGACACGGAGCUGGCCGAGGACCUGCUGUCCUGGUUCCUGCAGCAGAACAAGAAUGAAUGUUUUGCGGCGUGCUUGUUCUCCUGCUACGACCUGCUGCGGCCUGAUGUGGUGCUCGAGACCUCCUGGAGGCACAACAUCAUGGACUUUUCUAUGCCAUAUUUCAUUCAGGUCAUGAGAGAACACCUCACUAAGGUGGACAAGCUCGAAACCUCAGAAUCACUAAGAAAAGAAGAGGAACAAGCAACAGAGACGCAACCCAUCGUCUAUGGCACACCACAGCUGAUGCUGACAGCAGGCCCCAGCGUAGCUGUGCCCCCCCAGCAAGCAUACGGCUACGGCUACCAGGCGCCCGCUGCCCCUUACGGUCAGCCCGCCCCCGCGCCAGGAUUUGGCUACGGCAUGUAAAAGAUCCUUUUGUCCUGUUUAUGUGCUGACUGGAGCUAGCAUCCAUCCGAGGUCCAAAAGUCCUUCAGUAGACCAUCAUUGUCCCUCCCUGCCCGCAACACGGAGCAAAUUAGGGAUCAUGCAAAGAACCCCCCCCCCCCCCCCCAUCCUUUUUUGUACUUUUCUCCCUUACAAGCUUUCAUGAAGGACUAUUGUUUUAUUUGUUUUCAAAGAUUUAAUCACAACAGAUUAAUUUUCUCACAUUCCGUAUUGACUAGAUUAAUUUCUUCUAUUUUAUUUGAAUGGUAUGUGGUUUAUGUACAAUAGGGUGGGCGGGGGCCGGGCCAGGGGAAGAGCUAGUUCUCUUCUCAGUUGAGAAGCUUCUGAUUUGCACACAGCAGUGAGAAGAAAUUAAUGUAGACUCUUUUCCUAUUUGUCUGUGUGAGAACAGCUCCCUGACUGCAUUCAAUAUUGUAUAUUCCGUCACAAAACCCGCUAGCGCUCCCUUUCUUUUGAACGUGUGACCGCCAGUCCGGAAACACUACAUUGUUGUCUCGGUCAUGUCCCCGCAAAACACUCUUCAGGGCUGAAUGUUAAAGGAGAGGUUGACUUUUUCUCGUCUAUGCAGGACUUUGUACAACAUCCAGAUUAGAUUCCGUUGUGCUUAAAUGCCAUGACGGGGGAUCAUUCCAACUCAGGAGGGAUAAUGUACCCUCAAUAUGCUGCAGCUCAUUUCUGCGCAUUUUAGUCUGGGUCACUGCGGAAAUUCUCCAAACAAAUAUACUCUAGUGGUUCAGAAUUGUCACAGGACGUGUGGUAAUUUGAAGUAUAUAUAUAUAUAUAUAUAUAUAGAGAGCGAAACGUUUUCAUCUAUACAGAAAAUCAUUCAUUCCUUUUUGAAUUUAUAAUCCUGCCUAAAUUAUCCAUGAUAAAAUUGUGCACUUACGAUACUUGAUUGUGCAUAAUCAGGAUCAUAAUGUAUGAAGCAGCGGUUUUGUUUUCCACUAAAAAAAAUAAAGGCUUCUGGUUUGUCAAAAA